AUGGAAAGCGGGGUUUCGGAACAAAUCCACGAGGCAGUGAAUCUUGCACGGCAAGCGUUACUGGAAAACAGAAGCAGCGACAAGCAGCGGUACUUGCGGUGUCUCGCGAUCUCCCUCCGUUUGCGGCACGAAUCCUUGGGCGAUCGACAGGAUCUCGACGAAGCUAUCGCUACUGUAGCGGAAGCAUUACAGAUUUGCCCUCCUACGCACAUUCACAGAGGUUCUUUGCUGCUUAGACAAAUGCUGAUAUACGCUUUGCGCGGAAGGUUUGUGCGAAACGGCGACCCGCGCGAUCUUGAAGAGGCGAUUGUAAUAGGGCAUCAGGUCAUGGAAACGAUUCCACGGGAAGAUAUCGGUCGACACGCAACGGCCGGUAUGGUGGCAAAUCUGCUCCUGGACCGUUUCAUGGAGGCAAACGAUGUAGAAGAUCUCAACACGGCACUUUCCCUCGUUCACGACGCUAUGACGGCUCUGUCCCCCUCAUAUAUACACAGCGACGAAUUCGCAAAAACGGCGAUCUCAUGUUUGACUAUGCGAUUCGAAGCUCGCCGAGAUGUGAACGAUCUCAAAGAAGCCAUAUCCUUUGCGGAGAAGUUGCACGACUCUUUGCCCGAGGGGCACGUGUCCAAGCUCGAUUCAGUCCUAAGAUUGGCGCGAGCACUCCUCCUGCGCGGGCGUCACAACAGGGACCUCACCGACAUC